AUGUCGUCCUCUACCGGUAACCCUGACCUUGACUUAUAUCCUUCAGCUACUGGGGCUGCACUCAAGUUCGCCGAAGCUCAUUCCAACGUCAAAGAUGCCCCUCUAACUCUAUACGGUGGCUGGUUUUGUCCUUUCGUCCAGCGGGUAUGGAUAACGCUUCACCUAAAAUCAAUACCACACCAGUACGUCGAAAUAAACCCGUACCACAAGUCAGCCGACUUUCUUGCACGCAACCCACGCGGCCUCAUCCCCACCCUCGCGGUCAACGACCCUAAGUACGCCGGCGUUUCCACGUCGAAUACAAACGGCACCAACACCAAGGAAAUGGUCCUCUACGAAUCCAACAUCGUCGCCGAGUACCUAGACACGCUGUACCCAGAGCCCCAGUUGCUCUCCUCGGACGCCUACCUUCGCGCGCGCGAGAAGAUCUGGAUCGACUUCGCCUCCACCAAGAUCGUCCCCGCCUUCUACCGCUUCCUGCAGCACACGCCCUCGAAACCCUACUCUCUCGACUCGGCGCGCAGCGAGUUCUUGGCCCACCUCAAGACGUUCGUGAGAGAGAUGCACUCCCGGGGCCCGUUCUUCGACGGCCCCAAUAUCAGCAUGGUGGACAUCGCGGUGAUUCCCUGGGCGGAGCGCGUGUUUCUGCUCGACCACUACAAGGGUGGUAGCGGCGUGGGGCAGGAAGAGGAGAAGGGCGAUCGCGAGGUGUGGGAGCGGUUUUGGGCUUGGGCCGAGGCCGUGAGCCAGAAUGAGAGUGUCAAGGCAACCAUGAGCGAGAGGGAGAAGUAUAUUCAGGCCUAUAAGCGGUACGCCGAGGAUACGACGGGGAGUGAGGUGGGGAAAGCGACGAGGACGGGCAGAGGGUUGCCGUGA